AUGUGUACUGUCAAUGGAGAAUUGUCCAUUCUCUACACAUUGCGUUCUGUCCACUUACAAUAUGGCCGUGGAGAAAUCAGUUUUCCUGGUGGCAUGAUGGACGACUCUGACAAAACCCUUACAGAGACUGCCUUGCGAGAAACACAUGAAGAGAUUGGGCUUCCAACAAGUUCCAUAGAUGUUUGGGGUAGCAUGCUUCCAUUAACUGAUAGUCAGGCCACAAGACAAAUAACUCCUGUUAUUAGUUACUGUGGUGAAAUUGAACCAUCAUCGAUGCAAUUUAACAAAAAUGAGGUCUCUCUUGUUUUCACACGGACUAUAGCCCAGUUGUGCCAACCUUACCUACAAGGUACUACUCAGUUUCGUACUGGCUAUACUCUACCCAUCUAUCUUGGUAAACCCCAACGUAUUUGGGGAUUGACAGCCCUGACUACACAUCAAUUCCUCUCUUUACUUGCACCUGAAAACUAUAAAUUUAAAUUACAACACCAGCGUCCUCUAUUAGGAACAAAAGCAAAAGAAUGA